AUGAUAAUUGUAACAAUGAACACCCACAAGACAUCCGUCGGAGCGCUGAAAUCGCCUCAGAGCGCUAAGGUGUUGACACCGCCAAUUACGCCGACGCUGUUGUCCACGGAAGCGCACCAGCUCUUCGAAGAACUGCGCAUCAUCCACCAACGGCUUAGCGAGUGUGAAAGCCUUUCGCCGGGAGAAUUAGUGAAUGGCUUGCUCACAGGACUAGUGAAGCUUUGUAUUGAGCCAUACAGCACCGAGUUCGCGACCCACUUUCUCAACAUUGAAGGCAUCGGCACACUCUGUUCAUCACUACAAUCCAUCUGCGCACAUGCAGAAGGUCAACUCGAGGAAUAUUGGGCGGUCAGGAUCCUAGAGACUCAAAACGCGGAUAGUAUGUGUACCAUGAAAAUUGCUCGGAUCGUCCGACGUGCUGAGAUCAACUGUAUAGCAGUUUCAAACCUUUCCACCCAUCGAGUGCUUCACCGAUUCCCAUAUUACACAAACUACAUCGACUUGUCUCGGCUCGAGUCCAAUUUACUCUCGGCCUUUCUGCCCUCGCCCCAAGCCACUACUACCAACAUCGCCUUCAUCGGAUCUGGUCCCCUUCCAUUGAGCUCUAUCUGCCUCUUAGAUAACAUGCCCAAAGCCAAAAUCGUCAACAUCGACCGCGAUGCACAAGCCCUCGGGCUCUCCAAGAAACUAGUUGAAUAUCUCUGCAUCCCCCCGGACCGUAUGAGUUUUAUUCUCGAGGACGUCGAAGAGAGCCUCGCCACCAAUGGGUCACCACAUCCAACACGCGACGCGAUAGCCUGGAAUAGCCUAGACGUUGUUUUUCUAGCUGCUCUUGUGGGCAUGGGUUCGGCUGCUAAGGUCCCAAUUCUAGCUUCGCUGGCAAGACGGCUGAAGCCUGGGGCUUUGAUCCUGGCGAGAAGUGCUCGAGGACUGAGGACAGUUCUAUAUCCGGUAAGUCGACGUAAACGUCUGUUCACCCACGACGACAAUGGUGAAGAUGAUGCUAACAGUGUUUGUGCUUGUCUAGGCUCUGGAGCUGGGAGAGGAUAUUUCAAGGUGUGGGUUCGACGUGCUCGCUGA